AUGGAAGCAAUCAAAUCAAUUUUACCUCAUACAAAGUUAUUCAUCAACGGUCAAUGGGUAGACCCAGUAGUCCCAAAGACUUUCAAGACUAUCAAUCCAACUGAUGAAUCUGUCAUUUGUGAAAUCUCUGAAGGUGAUGCUGCUGAUGUUGAUUUGGCAGUUAAAGCAGCAAGAGAAGCAUAUGAUACUGUAUGGUCACAAACUACAGGUACUGAACGUGCUAGAUUACUCUUUAAGCUUGCAGAUUUGAUCGAAAGAGAUGCAGACAAGAUUGCACGUCUCGAGACUAUCGAUAUGGGUAAACCAUUCCUCGUUGCAAAGAGAGACGACGUUGCAGAAGCUGCUGCUACUAUCCGUUAUUUUGCCGGUUGGGCAGACAAGCUCCACGGCAAGACUAUCCCAGUUAGCAAUGAUUUGACCGUCAUGACUCGUCAUGAACCAAUCGGUGUCGUAGGUUUAAUCACUCCAUGGAAUUAUCCAUUCAUGAUUGCUGCAUGGAAACUUGGACCAUGUUUGGCAGCUGGUAAUACAUGUGUUUUCAAACAAUCAGAACACACUCCACUUACUACAUUGGUCAUGUUUGAAUUGAUGCAAGAAGCUGGAUUCCCAAAGGGAGUAGUCAACCUUGUCAAUGGGUUUGGUCAUACUGUCGGAAACGCCAUGUCACACCACAAUGAUAUCGACAAGAUCUCUUUUACAGGUUCUACUCGUGUCGGUCGUUUAAUUAUGGUUGCCGCACAAGGUAACUUGAAAAAGGUUAGUCUUGAACUCGGUGGCAAGAGUCCAAACAUUGUCUUUGCCGAUGCCGAUCUCUCCAAAGCCGUCACUGGUUCAGUCAAUGCUUUGUUUUCAAAUAUGGGUCAAUGCUGUUGUGCUGGCUCACGUCUCUUUGUCCACAACGACAUUUACGACAAGUUUGUAGAAGAGUAUGUUGCCAAGGUAAAGGAACUCAAGGUUGGAUCACCAUUUGAAGAUGUCGACCAAGGACCAUUGGCCUCCAAAGAGCACCACGACCGUGUAUUGAGCUUCAUCGAAGCUGGAAAGAAGGAAGGUGCCAAGUUGUUGGUUGGUGGUGGUGCCCAUGGCGACAAGGGUUUCUUUGUCCAACCAACCGUCUUUGCCGACGUCAAGGACGACAUGUGUAUUUCAAAGGAAGAAAUCUUUGGUCCUGUCGUAUCCAUUUUCAAGUUCUCAGACACUGACGAAGUCAUCAAGCGUGCCAACAACACUACCUAUGGUCUCGCUGCCGGCAUUUGGACACAAAACAUUUCAAAGGCUUUACAAGUCACCAAGAAGCUCAAGGCCGGUACCGUAUGGGUCAACGAAUACAACUAUGUACACCACUUGAUUCCAUUUGGAGGUUACAAGCAAUCUGGUUUUGGAAAGGAUCUUUCAGAAUAUGCUCUCCAAGAAUUCAUCUCUGUCAAGGCUGUCACUAUCAACCAUUCCUCUUAA